CGGGCUCGGUAGUAGAUUCAGAGCGCUGUAGCUUUGGCGCUGUCCACAAGAGAGCAGGUUCUGAAACGCGCCGUGCGCUCGUGCAGUGUUUGCGCGGUAAGGAUUGGAGGCUCGACCACUGCUUCUCACACUGGAAGAACCGUUCGGCGGACAUCAAUUGCGACGGGAGAGGAAAACUACACCGCCAUACCAGUCAACUGAGACUUUCCGUGGAUUUUUACGCGGGUCAAAACUUGAUAAAACCUGUUUCUUCUUCACGACAUUUCUUGGACAUUUUUUUUUUCAAGUUCAAAUGCUUCGCGCAAUGGCUAUUUAUCAUUUUCUGUUUAACUUUGGCAAACAUUUUGAUUCGGGGUUCACACCAAGUACUUUUUAAUUUUAUAUGUCUACGGUCGUAUAUCUAUUGUUUGGGGAUCUUCGUGCUGUCGGAGUAAUCUGCAUAUUUUCUUUCUUUUCUUUUCUUUUUUUUAAAGAGAGUCUGAGGGCGCGAUUUGAGCAAUUAGAAGAUGCAAGGAAAUCGCGUUUAUGUGAAGAUCCGUUAAACAUGAAGUAAAUGUUUGGGUUUCUCAGAAACCUCACCAGGAUUUUACAUAUCCCUGGAAGGGACGCGCUCUGACAGUGCGAACCUCGGUCACAGUUCACGGGUCACGGUCAGUGGAGCGAGGAUGUCAAGAUAGAGCUUGGAAACGAGACUUCUACAUUUUUAUCUAAAGCUUAAGAAGACUGUUCGGACUAAUAUUAAAAUUGGUACAUGCCAGGACUUUUCUUGAUAUGCCAUUUUGAUGAAUCCCUACAGAUGUCUGAGUUAGUUCACUCUGGAUGUUGGGCCGCAGAAGCAGUUGUGUGACCCUGCAGGGUUGUGCCCGGACCGCCUUUUUGCUUAUUUUUGUAGACUAAUUUAUGACGGACAAGAUAAAUGAUUAUUUAUUAAAUUAUCAUUUUUUAGUCCCUCCACGCAAUUCACAAAAACUUGCCUACUUUUACUCUUGAUAGGCCAUAGGUCUUCAGGGUCAAUUGUUUAUUUUCCAACCAAAGUUUCUUUGGACUUCUAAACAGCUGAAACUGCGUUUAAAAGAGACAUUUCCGAGCAGAACGGACUGACUACAAACGCACAAACCUUUAAAAGAAAAAGUACUGGACAUUAAAGACUUUUUAACGGAGGGCCUGUCCUGCUAAACGAUGGAAAUCCACUGCAAACACGACCCGUUCGCAGCGAUGCACAGGCAUGGAGGGGUGAAUCAGCUGGGUGGGGUGUUUGUCAACGGGCGGCCCUUGCCUGACGUGGUGCGGCAGAGGAUAGUGGAGUUGGCCCAUCAGGGCGUACGUCCAUGUGACAUCUCCCGCCAGCUCCGGGUCAGCCACGGCUGCGUCAGCAAGAUACUGGGCAGGUACUAUGAGACAGGCAGCAUCAGACCAGGGGUGAUCGGAGGCUCCAAACCAAAGGUUGCUACACCCAAAGUCGUCGACAAAAUCGCUGAUUACAAACGCCAAAACCCCACCAUGUUUGCCUGGGAGAUCCGAGACAGACUGCUGGCUGAGAGAGUGUGUGAUAAUGACAGCGUGCCCAGUGUCAGCUCAAUCAACAGGAUAAUUCGCACUAAAGUCCAGCAACCACCUGGCCAAUCAGGAGCAAUCUCUGCCCAUAAUUUAGCCUCUACAGUGGCAGUGACCCAGGUAUCCUCAGUAACCAGUGACACUGCAGGCUCCUCCUACUCUAUCAGUGGAAUUCUGGGAAUUAGCUCACCUGCCGAUGCAAGCAAGCGGAAGAGAGACGAAACUCUACAGGAUUCUCCUUUGGCGAAUGGCCACGCCCAUUCAGGGCGGGACUUCUUGCGGAAGCAGAUGCGCGGAGAGCUCUUUACGCCGCAGCAGCUCGAGGUAUUGGACCAUGUCUUUGAUCAACAGCCCUAUCCCGACAUUUACCCCGUCCCUGACAGCAUCAGCUACAAGCCCGCCCAGACGUCUGAUUACUCGGCUAUGGCAUCUCUGGCUGGUGGAUUGGAGGAGAUGAAGAACAGCUUGGCCAAUCAGACAGGAGCAGAGUUGGGUUCCACUGUUGCGGGACCUCAAUCGUAUCCACUAGUGUCCGGUCGUGACCUGGCCAGCACCACGCUCCCUGGUUACCCUCCUCAUGUUCCUCCAACUGGGCAGGGUAGUUACUCCACACCCUCCCUCACAGGGAUGGUACCUGGAUCUCCAUACUACUACAGCGCAGCCACACGGGGACCAGGAACGGCAGCUACUGCCACUGCCACUGCCUAUGACCGUCACUGACCAGCCGAGCAGAGGAGAAGAGGAAUGGUGAAGGAGUGGGAGAAACAAAAACAAAAAAGAGGAGUGAAAAUGGAUUGAUAACCCUCACAUGAGACUGCCUACAUAUGGAAGAAAAGAAGUGGAGGAGCAGCAGGAAGGAGAAUGGAGAAAAAAAAAAAAGAAAGAAGAGGUGACAAUGUUUUCCUGCCAAUUACAAUCAAUGGUCCAAUCAGUAGCUUCAGCUGAUGUGUCUAAUUUCUGUCCAUUAGUGGAAAGUAUACACCCAUUCACUUGUAUUCCUGUGGUCUCUCCUCACACUAAGGGGCUGUUUACAUGACACCGUUAUCAACUAAAAACGGAAGACUUUUUAUGCGUUUUGACCAUUCAUUUACACGGCCUGAAAACGCAAGCUUUUGAAAAUGAUACUAUUAUCGUCUCCGUGUAAAUUACAAAAACGUAAAUUUGUGAAAAUGGUGACAUCAUGCGCAUGCAUAUUACAUGUUCAGACUAACGGUGCGUAGUGUUUCUUAAAGUGACAUCGCCAACUACUGGCCUGGCCUGCGUAAUACAGCUUUUUAGGAAUUUGCGCGGAACGGGAAUUGUUUUGACAACAUAGUUGCCUUUACGCAAAAAAAAAAACGCAAAGGACAAACGUUUCCGUUUUUAGUACACUGCUGUCGUGUAAACGUAGUACCCUAAAUCUGUUAUUGCUUUUAAUUUAUCUUCUGUCAUUAAAGCCUUGCUUAUCCUAUCGUCUUUGCAUCUCUAUGCAGUCUGUUCUUAUAGAGAUGAUCAGGUGUUGGGAGUUGGUACCAGACAAUCUACUAGUGGCAGCUUGAGAUGACCUAUGUGAUUUGAGUUCAUUUGAGUCAUUUCAUCUACUGUGUGAAUGUGGCAUCAUAAUCUGUCUUAUUAAACUUGACUAGACGGUUUUACUAGUUUGCUAAAACCACCAUGAAUUGAUUUGGAGAGAACCUUAAGUAUCAAGUGAAAGGAGAUUCAACAGAGUUGGACAGAUAUCUCAGGUCGGAAUAUUGGCAUUAUUUACUUUAAAAUUAGCCAGCGUGAAGGACAGACCCAUUUCACCAUUGAUCAUGGGAUGCUUCCAUUUGAAAUAGGAGUGUUAUUACUGUAGAGUUAGGAGAGAGAUUACUGAAAAAUUCUGAAAUUAGCCCUGAUGCGCAAGCACAAGAAUAUUCGAGCCCUAAAUUCCAAUCUAGGUACCAUUCAAGCAUAAUGGACUUCUUAAAUAAGAUGGAAGUUUAGUAUUAGUGCGAUGCGACGCAUAUAAAUGGGACUGUUGUGAUUUCAGUCAUUAAGUUGGAAAAUAUCAGCAUUAAAGCACGAAUGAGAGCACUGUAUUUUAAAGACUCCUCUCCUUCCUCAGUGUAGAUAAAUACUAUUUACGUAUGUACAGAAUACCCUUAUUCAACUGUACAUUGGUAAGAUUUAUAGCUAUUUAUGAUGGAGAGUAAUAUAUAUAAUUGUGUGUAAAAGUUUACUGCAGACAAAUGCUACAAUGCUACUGCUAGCUAAAGAUGUUGCCGUGGAAUACGUAGCUGGUUCUCUUUUCAAACCCCUGACGUUUCAUUCCAAACGCAAAUCAGUUGCAAUUAACAGAGCUUGCUGGUAUUGAAGUGCUGACAAACUUUUGUAAAGUCGCUACAUUUCAGAAGGGGAACACUGAUGCUAAUGUCCCUUACAGGAAGUGAUGUCAUACUGUCUGUCCGUUCAAAACGUCUCCUUAGCCUCCCCAAAGAUACUCUUUAGUAGUGCGAAUAGACACUCUUAAAAGCACAAAGUGGCAAAUCUGUUAUCCGGAAAUGACCUUUUUUUUUGGUUAUUCUCUAUGAGUGCAUUUGUUUUUGAAUAUUCCCUUCAUCCAUACUGCGCCAAGACAAUGCAUGAGACCAAGGUGGAGGCCUUACCAAACUCUCUAUGUAGCAACAUUAAUGCUGUACAUUCAUCCCUAUUUGUCUGUCUAAGAUAUCCUGUACAUCUAUCAUUUACAAUGACAAGAGCUUUUGAUAUCAUUAUUGACUAAUAUAUUGAUAUCUAACUUUAGAUUCUAGUAGACGAGCAAAGACAAAAAGUGUGCUUUAUUUAGCUAUUGUCUGUGAUGAGUGUUCCCAGUUCUUGAUUUCAUUGUUUUCUUCUCUUUUUUUCAAUACACUGUGCAUUGCUGAGUAGCUUUCGAAAAAGGAGAACACUGUAGUUGUAGUAGUGAGUCGCAAGCACCAAAAUUUUGAUGUGAAAUAAUAAUAAAAAAAGACAAACCUAUGAAUAUAUAUAUAUAUAGAAGUUGAUAGUUUUUAUGUUUUUAUGGUGUUGCUCUGGACUGUAAAGUAGUAAUAGGAUUUGUUUGUAGACCAUAAGUUGCAAGUUAUGCAACUCUAAAGAAACCCUUGAUGCCGUUCACCACUAAUGACUACUGGUGAACUUUGACCUUUUAAACUUUUAGUCUGAGGCAUUAUGAACCUGAAAUACACCAGCUGAAAUCAAGGACAGUGCCUUUAUUUUUCUACUGAGUCAUCCAAGAAUGACCACACGUCACUAAAUUGCGAAGCUGUCUGCAUGACAUAAUGAGAUCAGAGCUUAGCCAACCAAUCAAUCAACCGAUGCCACUGCCCACAAUUUUGAACAGCGUUUUUUACAUGCCAAUUUAACAAAGUAAUUAAAACCCAGCAAACAAACUAGAGUGGGAAAGAUGACACUCAUAUGAUCUAUUAAAUAUUCUAAAAGAAAGUGAGAUAUUAUUAUCCAUUAAAAUAAACAUUGUUCUAUUAUAUACAAUAUUGUACUGACAAGUAAUUUACACUAAAAACAGAUUAAAUGAGACUAAAACAUUUUAGUAAACUAAUAGCAAAAUGAUUAGCAAAAUCCACAUAUUCCGAGACCGAAAAGCUGUUUUAUUUUCGGAUGAUAUAACAGGGUACACUCUUAGAAGAAAAGGUUCUAUAUAAAACUUUAAAGGGUUUUAACAAGCGUCAUUUUUUAUUUUAUUUUAUUAAAUUGUAUGAAUUAAACAGCUUAUUAACAUCCUUUACCACUAGAUUUUUAAAUAACCCAUUAAACGUUAAAGUAUUAUGCAAUCGUUAAAGACAUUUCUCCUUAUAUACAACUUUUUUUUUGCCAUAAAAGGUUCUCUAAAAUUGAGUCAAGAACCCCACUGAACCUUUUUUCUAGGAGUGUACAAGAGAAUGAAUUCCUUUGUCUUAAAGUGAAAGUUCACA